AGCACGCGGGCCGCCGCGCGAGGGGCGGGCACGCUGUUUGCGGUGCGGGCGGCGGUGCUGGCGUCAUGUCAGACAACGAGGACAAUUUUGAUGGCGACGACUUUGAUGACGUGGAGGAGGAUGAAGGGCUAGGUGACUUGGAGAAUGCCGAGGAGGAGGGCCAGGAGAAUGUUGAGAUCCUCCCCUCUGGAGAGCGACCACAGGCCAACCAGAAGCGAAUCACCACACCGUAUAUGACGAAGUAUGAGCGAGCGCGUGUACUUGGCACCCGCGCCCUCCAGAUCGCGAUGUGUGCCCCUGUGAUGGUGGAGCUGGAGGGGGAGACAGAUCCCUUGCUCAUCGCCAUGAAAGAGCUCAAGGCCCGAAAGAUCCCCAUCAUCAUUCGCCGCUACCUGCCAGACGGGAGCUAUGAAGACUGGGGGGUGGACGAGCUCAUCAUCACCGACUGAGCUGGAAUCAUCUUCCUGACUGUGCCUCAUCCUAGUUUCUGUUUUCACAUUCUUUAUACAUGUAAAUAAUAAACUGUUCAACCUUUCA